AUGCUAGUGAUGCGGAGGCUAACUCGCACUCGCGUCGUCUUCCGUGGAGCGCCUCGGAGAUAUCAACAACUCGUUCGAUUCACUUACGCAGCCUUCGCCUUGGCCGGCCGUCCUCGCUUCUUCUUCUCGGGCUCCGCCUUGGCCGGGGUCCCGCCCUUGAGCGUCACGAUCGUGGCUUCCAACGAUUUGACCUUCUUCUUCAGCUCGUCGAGCUCCUUCUCCGCCGCCUUCAGGUCCUUCGCGGCGGACUGCGGAGCAAUCACCACGGGCGUGGCAAUUUUCUUCGGCCUCCCCGGCGUACCUUUCGGCUUUGGCGUGCCCGCGGCGGAAUUCGGCGUCUUCGGGGGCCUGCCCCGUCCCCUCUUCGGCGUCGGCGUCGCCGCAGGUUUCGCGACGGGCGUGGCUUUCGGGGUCGUCGCGGUCUUCGGGGGGCGUCCCCGGGGUUUCGGGGUGCCGUCGGCGGCGGGGUUCUUGGGCGGCCGGCCCCGGGGCCUCUUGGCGGGGGACGAUAAUUGGGCGGUUCCCGCCUUGCGCUUCUUAUCGGCGGUCUUAUUCAACGUCUUCACGAACGCGCCGAGCGGCGCUUCGUCGUCAUCGGGAAAGGGGACCUUAGCGACCGCGGCCUCGGCCUCCAAGGUCUUCUUGUUCUUGCUUCCUGGAGGGCGUCCCCGCGGCAUUGUUGGUUGGCGCGCGCGGGAUAAUUUGAAUAUAAAUUGUCCUCCUCCCUGUGCGUCACGAGUUAGCUUUCUCGGUUACACGUCGCCGAACUCGAUUGUCGCGUCAAAAUCACGAUCAAGGUUGAAACACAAAGGUGGGUCAAUCUUCAUUUUCACGAUCAAAUCACCGAUCAAAGCUGCCACCAACGGACAUCGAACUUUGUCAUGCAUGUCUGGUCGCUCCGACGCACCGACGGGAGUUGGUUGUUUCCACAGAUUAUCACUCCGCGUCCAUAACACGAUGGCGCCCGAGGAGGACGCCGCGAUGGAGGAUGCGGACCCCGAGAACGUCUCGGGCGCGUCCGAUGACGAUUCAGAUUCCGCAUCCGAGGACGAUUCCGAUUCGGGCUCCGACUCGGACGAAGGCGACGAGGACGUCGCCAUGCCCGACGAGUCCGCCAUGGCCAAAAUCAUGAAGCUGGAGCGCAGGCUCGAGUCGGAUCCGGGCGACUACGGCGCGCACGUACAGCUGUGCGCGUCCCUUCGCGAGUGGCCCAGCCUCCGUCGUCGUCUCAGGGACGCGCGCGAGGCGUUCGCGGAGCGGUUCCCGCUCAACGAGACGCAGUGGCGCGAGUGGAUCUCGGACGAGGUGCGAGCGACGAAGGGGCGGCGGAAGCGCCGGGGCAAGGUGGUGGGCGCCCUCUUCGAACGCGCCGUCGCCGAUUACCAGUCCGUCGCCCUCUGGCUCGGAUACGCGGAGUUCUCCCUCGACCAAGGGUGGGACGUUCCCGCGCGCAGGUCCCUGUACGAGCGCGCGCUGGAGCUCGCCGGACUCCACUUUGUCGACGGGCACAAGAUCUGGGCCGCGUACAGAGCCUUCGAGCUCUCCAAGCUCGAGCUCGACGCGAAGAACGACCCACCCGCCGUCGCGAAGCAGGAGGAGACGGUGCGCGCGUUGCUCCGCAGGCAGCUCGCGGUGCCCCACGCCCAGUUAGACGAGACCCUUGCCGCGUGCGAGCGAUGGGAGG